ACGCACAAGCUCCGGUAACAGACAAGAAAACUCCACUGUUAGUUCUUCAACGCAAUACUUGAGCGAUAUAGGACUCUAUCAUCUAUGUACUGGGAUUGGAAAGACUUGAUAUUUUAAAACAACAUUCAAGAAGAUUCAAGAUUUGAUUCUGAAACAUGACGAUGAAUUGUACAAGAGUACUACAUUCUCCCACCUCCAUGAUGCCUGUGGACCUGGCCGCCUGCCUGUCUCUGCGUCAGCCAUUGUACCAGCUACCCCCCACUCUGAGAACCACCGUCAGCAGCAGCAGCGUCACGCAACGCCUGGCAGUCCCAAGCAACACCUCCUACGCCCGCCGCUCGCCCACCUACCUCUCCCCCGCUAGCUCUCCCACCUCCUCUCGCUCCCUCUCACCCUCUCGCUCCCACUCACCCUCUCGCUCCCUCUCACCCUCUCCUACAUCAUCACCAUCUCCCACCCGCGGCAACCGCUUCUUCCCGGCAUCCCAACCGCGUAGCUGCCUGCGUAGAGAGCACGUAGGACAAAGAAAAGGUGUCUCCUUUGCUGACACUAAGGGCAUAGCACUAACUGCUGUCCGCCUCUUCAUCCCGGAUAUAGCGUCAUCACCGCCGUCGUCACCGUGCUAUGGUCAAUUGCCCUCAAUGGUGCUGAGGAGAUUCCAGCCUAAACAGGAGACAACAGUUCCAACCAAGACUGUGCCCUACAAGCUCCGACUGGCAUUCCCACAGCCCUCACUGGAUUUAAAUGACUUCAUGGCGCGACAAAAAGAAAUGGGACUGCAAUUGGAAAGCUGCAGUGUGUCAGAUUAUUGUUUGAGUGGGAAAGUAAGAGUCUCCCAUGUCAGAAGCGAACAAACUGUCCAAGUUAGGAUGAGUUUCGAUUCCUGGAGGAGCCAUUACGACAUCCCUUGCACCUUCAUGCAAAGGCAGAGGUUUGGAUCGAUGGAAACAGACAUUCACACAUUCGAACUAAGUCUUCCAAUGGACCUAGAUCCCAGUCAGGGAAUAGAGUUUUGUGUAACUUCCAGUAGUGAUGAGGGGUCGCUGUUGGAUGAUAACAGGGGGCAAAACUACAAGAUUCAAGUUGAGAGAGAGAGCAGUGCUGAGCAGGAGGAGGUGAUCCCAGGGUCUCCCAUAGUGUCCCGGUACCAGCCACUCCCCCAUCUGGUUCAAAUAACUCCUUUUGAGAUGAGGAGUUAUGCCGAUCUGCCACACAUUAGGGUCUUGACACAUGUGGGGGUGGAAAGAGGGAUGUGUGCUGUCAAAUAAAGCAUUGAGGAAAAUGAAAUGUUGGCCACAAAAUUCAAGCCUUCCUAUUGAAAUGAACUGCUCUAUUCUACUCUGUGGGAGGGCAGCUGCUACUUGCACUAAGCAAAUUUUGCAUUGAUUUUGAAAAAUGUCUUUUAGUACAAGUGCUAACUUUCUGAUCAUUUCAUGUACCCUGGAACUUAUAAUGUAUAUAUGUAUGUAUGUGUGUAUACAUGUAUGUAUAUGUGUAUGUGUUUUUAUGAAUGUAUAUAUGGGCAAUACUGAGUGAAAGAUGCCUGAAGUCUGCACUCCUGUUAAAUAUGUAAAUACUUUAUUUAUGUUUUUAAUAAAUGCGUUUGAUGAAUUUUC